AUACUCGGAAGUACGGGUAGUUUCGGUUGUCCUUUUUGAGAGGGUCCCGUUGCUACUGUCUCAGCCGGAUUCUGUCGGACAAGAGCGCCCUGCGGACGAUCGACAUGAGCGUUUUCACAGGAAUACAAGGUUUUGAGAGAGGAAGAGGGCGUGGUAGAGGACGAAGGAGGGGCAGAGGACGAAGCAGGGGUUGGGGAAGAGGUGUGACGUCAUCAGAGACAAACACAGAUGAAUGUACAGAAGUCACGGUACAGAGUGUAAGACGAGGCCUGACCGGAGGGGCGAGGGAACUGUGUGAACGAUACAUAUGGGGCACUUGUUAUUGUCCUCGUGUCCACCACCAGAAGAAGGCUCCGUAUGUGUGGCAGUACCUGGUCAACAUUGGCGAUUGGAAACUGUUGUCCAACAGUGAGAUGGAAAUUGUGGAGGAAUCGUUCUGUGACAAUGACAACAGCACAGAGGUUGAGGUCCGAUUACAUGGAGAGAUUGCAUCAACAGAAGUAAACUUUGAAGAAAUACUUGACCCACCAGGGCAGACGUCGUACAACAAGCUCAGUUUCCGGCGACUGUCAACCCGAUCUUACGUGGAAGCCGGAACUGACGAAAUAUCUCAUUACACGCAGUGGGUGUGGUACUGGCAGGACAACAGUAAAGAGUGGUCGCCCUUUAUACCGCCGGAACUUCAGCUGACCCUGGAGACCAAGUACCUGGCUGGACAGAACACCUACCUCUACACUAUCGCAGAUCAGGAAUACCGCCUGGACUUCACCUCUCUGGUUCAGGUCAACAGGAAGACUCUAACUCGGAGGCCAGUCCAGAGGAGGCCGAUGUUUGUAUCUCUUGAUGACGCCAGGAGCUGCCAACAGACGUGUUCCAGUUUAUUGAUGUCCCCGGCGACGGUACCACCGACUGACGUCUCCUCGCACUGGGCUCCGCUUGACCGUUAUCAGAACAGUGAAAAAGUGGAACUGAAUACAAGCUCCGAUGAGUUUACCACUGUGAUGUCAUCCAUCUACAAAACUCUGUCAGCGGACAGAUGUCAAGUGCAGCGAGUAUACAGACUGCAGAAUGCUUUACUUUGCCUCAAUUUCCUCAGUAUGAAGAGGACACUUCAGGUGUCUCAUAGCACCGAGAGCAUUGAUGAGCGACAUCUCUUCCACGGCACAGACACUCUAGACGUGGUCGACAACAUCUGCAUCAACAACUUUGACUUCAGAGUCAGCGGCAAGAACGCCACGAUGUACGGCAAGGGGGCGUACUUCGCCCGUGACGCUAAGUAUAGUCACUGUUACACCAAAGGCAGGAAUAGGUACAUGUUCCUAGCCCGAGUGCUUGUUGGUAAGUACGCACUGGGAGACAGCAGCUACACGAGGCCUCCACCGAGAAAAGGCCACGUGUUGUACGAUUCUUGCGUCAACGACAUAAACAACCCUUCAAUAUUUGUUAUAUUUGAGCGAAAUCAGUGCUAUCCCGAGUACCUUGUCGAGUACAGAGAUGAAAGUGUUGACGAAUCCGUGUCUGUAAGCAGAAGUAUUGGAAAUGUGACAAGAUCACCUGCGAGUGCUAGUGCGCCAGCCAAGACCGCUCCAGUUCCCUCUAUGAUCCGAAAACCGGCACAGCCUGUUCCAACACAACCUGCUAAAGUCGUCAAUCCUGCGUCAUCAUCAGGCCUCAGGAACCCCAGCCCCUCCUUAGGGAGUGUGUCAACACACGGAUAUGCAUCUGUUGGAUCCAGUUCCCCAGCCUACCCAUCGUCCGUCUCCACCAGCAACAGAUCGUCAUUCGGGACGAGAGCGCCUUCACCUGUUCCAACACUACCUGCUACAGUCAUCAAUCCGCCUGCGUCAUCCUCACCCCCGAGCACCCCUAGGUACUCCUCAGCGAGUGUGUCAACAUACGGAGGUGCACAUGCUGGAUCCAGUUCCCCAACCUACCCAUCGUCCGACUCCACCUGCAACACAUCGUCAUUCAGGACGAGAGCGCCAUCCAGUAACCAGGCAUAUGGCAGUGCUGCUGGGCAAAACACCACUCAGGUUUCCAGAAGUGAAAUACCUGUUAGUCAAAACUCAGGCGUCUCCUCCUCUGGUUCCCGUUUCUCAGACAAUGUUGCAGCUCCAGCGAAUCAUGCUCGGCAGAACACACCCAAAACGAAAGUGUGUAUAUUAAUGUAACGUUCGACCGUUUGAAAACCGUAUUCGUCUACAUUGCCUUUCCCAUGGGUCAACAAUUCAUUCCCGUCACAAGAGACGACUGCAUGGAUCGGGCGGUGACGUUAAGUGAUGCGAUCUGUAGAAUGUCCACCGACAUCGUUGAUCAUUGCGUCUUCUAUCUUGUCUGGAUCCAGACUUAUGUUGAAGAAACAUCCAGACUACAUGACGAGUUAAAGAAUACCAGAACCGAGUUACCAAACAAGCCUUAAAACAAAUUUCAGUCUGGAAAGGAAAUUACAGAGAUCUUUCAACAUUCAACAUCCUAAAUGGGGAAGUGUACACGAAAACAUCACAUUUAUUCUUAUGUGAAACAAAAUGGAAUUUUUCAAUUAGUUAAUGUCAGUGUUUGAAAAUAUACACUCAUUUUUCUUACAAUGAAAAUAUAACCCUCAAUAUAAGUACUGAAAUGUUAUGCCAUUAUGAGGCCUUUGUUUACCGAGCUUAACAGGCGAGAGUUACCGCCCUUUGAUUAUGACGUAAUAGGUGCCAAUUGAUUUAGACUGGUCUCCUGUCUAGUCUCACAGCAAAAAAUAUAAAUACUGACAUUAAAAAAAGCAAGUAAAAAUACGAAAGAAGCAUUAGAACUGAAAAUGUAAGCA